AUGGCAUCUCGAAAUGCUGUUAUUCGAGUAGGCUCUGAAUAUCAGGCUACAAUUCCGAGUUUCGGGAUUGGGACACCAAGGAGUCCUUCGUUUAGUCGGACGCUCGAGGUACUCUACUGGAAACCACUUCCUAGCUCAAAGGAUAAACAAGUCGAAGAUUACAUCAACCAUGCCACGGAAAAACAUGGAUACUCAGAGGAGCAGGCUUUGGCUUUGUUAACAUGGAAGAAAUUUGACUUUAAUUUGGCAACCGAGGAUUUGGGGAAUUUUAGCCCUAUCCGCUAUGAUUGGACUCACAAUGAGCGGCGAAUUUUCUUCGCAGCAAUGGACUUCCACUGCAAAAAUUUCUUUAAAGUUAAAGAAUUGUUUCCCAAUCGUCGCACCACGGAGCUGGUGCUCUUCUACUACCUCAAUAAGCGUAAUCAGCAAACCCUUUACGAGUUAACUUUACACGCACCUCAGUGGGCUGGAUUACAUGUUAAUGGAUUUAUCAACAGUUCUGCUCGCCUUCAGGAUAUCGAAGAUAUAAUCACACUCUCUUCACUUAUUCAUCCUAAAGAAAAAGGGCCUCAGAGCAGUCUCUUCAACGCUGAUGAUCCUCUCGAAAAUGCUAUCGCGCGUUAUAUUGACAGUUUAAAUGGUAACAUGGAAACGAGCUCCUCAAGUUCAACAAGGACACCUCGCGUCUCUCCCAAUGCCAAUUCUGGUGAACUGACCAAAACCGGCAGAACUGCAUCCACGUCGCGUUUACGAAAUCGUAAACGGCCGAUCAACGAUAACGGUGCCAUUGGAGACGGGGAUGAGGCCUUCUAUUCUUCCUCCUCCUCGGAAAAUGAUAUAGUACGGAUUGAUUACCUAGGAAAAUUGGUUAAUAAGAACGGUAUUCCCACUGGUGCUUCGGUUCGGACGUGCACUUCGAAAGUGCAGGCUCGAAUCGAAGCCGAGCUGGCGGCAAUGAGUAAAGCGGUAGCAAAAGGUCCACAGUCUGGUUCUGAGAGAGCCUCACCCAUACUGGAUGAUGAAAGCGAAGUGAUGCGCGGUUUUAAUCCACGAAUCGGACUUGUAGGAACUCGAGAAUCGGCCAGCAAUGGUGGGCUGAGGAGGGGUAAUACGCAGAAAAAGCGCGUCUCAGUAAACGUUCUCACCGCCUCGGACAAUGUGCCUACCUUCUCGGCGUCGCGUUCUUUCAUUCCACAGGUGAAUAUCAUUGCAGAACAGCAGUUAACACAGCCGUCAUCGCAGGAGGCGGUAGUGGCAGUGACGAUGGAAACGGAAACCUCAAGUCAGGUGGAGCUAUCUUCACGACCCACCACUCCCAUAUCUACUGCUUCACCAAACUCAGUGCCGAUUACAGUGAAUUCUGACAACGAAUUGGAGGCUGAAUUGGAGUGUUCAGAAGCCCAGGGGGAAGUGCCAUCUGAAUCGUUUUUAAAUGAAUUGGAGGCGGAAGUGACUUCGAACAUCGAAGAUAUGCGUCCACCUCAGAUUCCUCUCGCGUCGUCGAUUGUUGGGCAUUCGAGAGGUUCCGAGCCCCCUGUUGAGGUGUGCUUUGUGUUCGCUUUCAAUAAGGAUCCCGAAUGGACGCAGGCAGAGUUGGCUCUGGCGGUGGAAAUCAUAUCGGAGGUCGGAGAGGACUACGAGCGCAUUGCUGACCACAUGGUCAACAAGACGCCCAGCAUGGUUGCUUAUCUGUUCAAAACACAGGGCAGGCAGUUGCAUCUCUAUGAGGUAGCAGCGAUGGCCGAAAUAAAACAAACGGCAGAGCAUGGCCUUUCUCCUUGA